AUGGAUCAUAAAAGAUCCUCCAAACCCCUUCCCCUUCUCCUUCUGCUCCUCUUUGUCUCUUGUCUGUGUCUCGGAGGGCCAGCCCGCUCUCCUCUUCUGCCUGGUCAGCCCUUCUUGAUUCUUUGGGCCGUACCAAACAAGGAUUGUCUUGGUCGCCCUGACCUGGCAGCUUUUGGGAUGGAGUGGGAGGGACGUGUGGCUGAAUUUUAUGAGGACUCACUGGGACUGUACCCAUAUUUCAGUGCAGAUGGACAGGCUGUGAAUGGUGGCCUGCCCCAGCACACCAGCCUGGAGCGCCACCUUCGGAAAGUGGAAGGAGACCUCACAGCAACUUUGCCACAGGCUGGGGCGCCUGGCCUCGGGGUGCUGAGGUGGAAGGAGUGGGAGCCACAGUGGAGAAGAAAUCGUGGGACUCGGCAGAGGUAUUCGGACACAUCGCGAGCAUUGCUUCGAGGUUUUUUCCCAAGCUGGAGUGCGGAUGAAGUGGAGAAAUGGGCUCAGGUGGACUUUGAAGCAGCAGCCCAAUUCAUUCUCGUGGAGACCCUGAGGGAGCUAAAGAGGCUCCGCCCACAGAGACUAUGGGGCGUGGCUCCGUACCCAAGCUGCUACAACUCUGAUCCCACUCAGAUGCUGCUAGCUAAUUAUACGGGCCGCUGCCCUGCUGCAGAGAUGGCACUAAACGAUGAACUCAUGUGGUUAUGGAAGCAAAGUGAUGCACUUUACCCGAUCCUUGCACUGGAGAAACUCCCUGAAGGAACCAAGGGUGCAUGGCUGUAUGCAUCCAAUCAGAUCAGAGAGGCAUUAAGAGUGGCCGCUCUAGCAGGGACAACGUCUGAACUUCCUGUUUUUCCACUGGUCAAGAGUAUAUACACCUCCUCCAGUAGCUUUCUCUCUGAGGCUAAUUUGGUGAAUACUGUAGGAGAGAGUGCUGCUAUGGGUGCAGCAGGAGUCAUUAUCUGGGACAGAUUCCUUACUACUAAAACACAGAGGUUAUGCUCUGAUCUGACCUCAUACGUGCGAGAGGUCCUUGGCCCCUAUGCUGUCAACGUAACCACGGCUGCACAUCUUUGCAGCACGUCACUUUGCAAGGGCCUUGGCCGCUGUGUACGCAAGAAACCGGAAGAUCCUGUGUACCUGCACCUCCCACCUGCCCAUUUCCUGCUGCAGCGCCAAGGAGCAGAAGGCAUCAGAGCAACGGGGCAACUUCCCCCGAGUUACCUUGAUGGGUGGAGACAGGACUUUCACUGCCACUGGUUUGAGGCACUGGAAGGAGCAGCUGCUGAUCAGGAGUCAGUUGAGAAUGGUGGUCAAAGGUCAUUGCCCACAGUAAAGCCACCCAAUAUAGUUGUUCAUACUGAGGCAGUGGCUCCCAUGACGCCUGCUGGACAAGAACCAGCAAAAAGUGUCUGCCCCGCCCACUUUGUGACCAUCAUUCUUCUCUGCUUUCUGUCAUUCUUCAGUCUUACAAAUUUCUAA